AUGGAGAAGGAAAGGAAUAGGAGAGAGGAAAUUAAGACUCUUCUCCUAAAGCUUGCCAUUCCAUUAUCUCGUCCCUUGGCUGGCUUCACCUUCUCCAUCAUCGCCAAAAAGAGUAGAACAAGUAGCAAAUCUCCCUCUAGUACAUCAAGCCAAGUAGAUCACCUCAUGGAUUCCUCCCCUUGCAUUUCUCUCUCUGAAUUUGAGGAUGAGGUGAGCUUGCAAGGCCAGGAAUCAUCUUCCAUGUACCUACAAGAAGAAGAAGAAGAAGAAGAAGAAGAAGAAGAAGAAGAAGAAAUCAUGAGGGUGCAAUGUCCAGAGAACCCAUGUGAGGUCUCCAUCAUCAAUUUCCAAGAUGCACAUAGCUUGGAAGAAGAGGUUGAAAGCUUGAAGUGCCUUGUAGAUUCAAUCAACGGCAGAUCAUGCGAGGUCGAAUCGCAAUUCUGGGACUACUGUGAUGCAAAAGAGCAGGAAUCACUGUUGCAGAAUCUGAAGCUCGAGUGUCUGGGUUUGAAGCUCGAGUGCCUGGAAGCCCAGAAUCAGAGGCUUGAGGCCACCAUUUCCAAACAACAACGAGCUCUUGAAAGCCUCGAGUCUAUGAGAACAGAGCUCAAAUGUCUACGGUGGAAGGCCAAAAAGUUGUCCAAACUAAAUAGGCUUCAUUUGCAUGAAGCUCGUCGGCAGGCUCUGAUUCUGGAUGCUCGAGAUGCCGAGUUAUCAAAGAUCAAUGAGGAGCUGAAAGGAGUAAAAGAUAUAGCUGAUCAACUACUGAAGGGUAAGAAAGUCUUAGAUUCAAGGAUGGAUUCAUUUACGGCAAAUUAUCAAUCUGCAUCAGAGAGUACAGAGGAGACACUCCAGGAUGACAGCAUCAGGAUUUUAUCCAACAAUGAAAUGCCUGAUCAGCUAGACCAGUUUCGAUACCGGUGGUACCUAGAAAUGGAGGAGCUGAUUUAUCUGGGCUGGGUUGGAUCAUGCUUGAGGAAUGAACUUGAAGUAAAACCAGUGCAGGAAAUGGGAGGCCAGUGGAUCAUGGAGCUCCCAGCAAAUGACCAGGUCAAGAGUUGCAGGGUGGAACUCCAUGAUACAGACCGUUCUUCACCGGUUGCAGGCAUUGGCCAUGAAGUUUGCUCAGUUGCCACAGCAAGGAAGAAUCAUUCAUGCCCAGAGAAGCCAACAUAUUGUUCUUCAUCAGUUACUGAACUUGGUCAUGAAGCUUGCUUGGAUGUGGCAGCAAGGAAGAAUCAUUUAGGUUUGAUGAAUCAAAAGGAAGAAGAACAUGAAGUAAAACCAGUGCAGAGAAUUGGAGGCCAGUGGAUCAUGGAGCUCCCAGCAAAUGACAACGUCAUGAGUUGCAGGGUGGAACUCCAUGACUCAGACUGUUCACCAGUACCAGGCAUUGGUCAUGAAACUUGCUCAGGUCCAAAGAAGCCUAUCUAUUGCUCCUCGUCAGUUGCAGAACUUGGUAUUGAAUCUUGCUUGGAUGUCGCAGCAAGGAAGAAUCAUUCAGGUCUGAAGAAGCCUAAAUUGCUUUACAAGCUCAAAGGAUGGGCCAGAGGAAAGGGAAAGCCAAAACAGUUUCGCGAGUGAGAUGACGGUGGCGGUGGCGGUGGCGGUGGCAGCAGCAGCAGCUGCUAGAGUUGGUGUGUCUGAGAUUGAAGUGUGAAGGUUAUGCAAGGAGAAAGACAGCAGUUUGAUAUGGUUACGAGUGCAUGACAUUGUAUCAGAAUUUAACAUACAAAUCUCUAACGUAAUAAUCAUUUUCCUUCUUUCUUCUCUAA